AUGCAACGCUUCUACUUCCUGUUCUGCCUGCCCCUGGCUGCCGCAGCCGUGAACAGCCUGAAGCCGUUGACAGAGUCCAUGGGCCAGGAGGUGAUCGAAAUGGAUGCACCGUUGAAAGAGCUUCCGCCAGAUAUCGAGGAGGAACCAUCAGCGGAGAGAGACACGGACGUGAAAACCGUCACGACCGUGAUGCCGACGACAAAAGUAACAGCCGUCUCGGAAAGUAGACGCAAAAUGAAAAGCUCGGAGCGGACUCACAGCGCGCAAGAAGAGGACGAGGCGAGAAUAGAGAAAGAGCUGUCGGAUCUUUAUAAGGAUUCUGAUUACAAAGUCGACAGCGCGGAAGUUUCGAAGGAGCAAAUCCAGACCACCACCGACUCCACGCCAGUACCACCAGCCACCACCACGGAUGAUGCAGAAAAGCUUAUUGCAAGAGCUCGAGACGAAACAGAUCUCCUCACCAGCUUCAAGUUCCAGCCGGACUCGAACAGAAAGGCUGACGUGGAGAAGUUCAGGACCUCGGUGGACGUGAUCAGCUGCAACAAGAACCGGCUCACGGGAUCGACCCCAAGUUUUACUUCGUCGGGUGACUUAUUACAGACGAGCGGAGCAGUUCUUUUAAUAUCACUCGCUACAACACUAACGUCGUUG